CUCUAUAUAUAUAUAUACACAACACACACAAACACUCAAUCCCUUGUUCUUUGUUCUCUCGUUUUGUCUCCGGUGAUGGAGAGUUCUCCCGGCGACGAUGCUUCCUCCUCUGUUUGGGAUGAUGCUUGCUUCAACGCCAUGUUUUCCGACGUCAGUUUUCAGUCAUUUCUCGCUGCUGGUAACCACUCUCAGUUCGGAGGAGGCUACAUUGCCGAUGCUCUGACUUUCCCCGACGCUACUACGUCGUUCUAUCCUCAACCAAGCACUAACUUCGCUGCUGAAUGCACCGAUUCUUCCGAUGGUCCUUUCUUUAAGUUGCCUAAAUCCGAGCCGAUGGAUGUGUAUGAAGACACGGAGACUAAAGAACCCGCGUUUGUUCUUCAUGAUUCGACGUCGUUUCCUCACUUGCCGGAUCUCCGUUCGUUAGAGCAACGUUCGUCGUCGUUUAACAAGCGUGCUCGAGUCGAUUCUAUGUCGAAUCCGUUGCAAAUGGUGGAGCCAAUGGUGCGAGGUUGUGAGGGUUUCCAGAACUUUUUUGUGCCGUACGGACAGUACAAAACUUCGUCGGAUUUAAUAACUACUUCUGCUACUGCGUCUCCUACUGUUCAAAUCCCUCGCAGCACAUUUGCUCGACAGCGUCGUCAAAAAUUAAGCGACAAGACACGUUGUUUGCAGAAACUACUGCCAUGGGACAAAAAGAUGGAUAUCGCUACAAUGCUUGAAGAAGCGUGUAAAUACGUUAAAUUCCUUCAGGCGCAACUCCUUGCUCUUCAAUCCAUGCCCUGUGAAUCCGCCCUUUCUUCUUAUAAUUCGAGUAAUCCUUACAUUACUGGUGUGUUUGGUGGAUUGGAGAGGCUGAAUCGAAACCAACUGUUGCAAGUUUUGGUUAACUCGCCGGUGGCUCAGACAAUGCUUUGUUCACAGAGUUGUUGCGUUUUCUCAGCGGAACAGUUGGGGCUUAUCCAGAAGAUAGCAGAGAAAAGAGUUCUACCGACAUUCCAUCCCAAACCCUAGUUUCCGAUCAAGUUCGACGUUCAACAAGGCGGCGCUCCGGUAUUACAAGUUUAUAUCUCUUUAUGUGUUUAGAUUUUAGGUUAUUACAAAGCAUAUGUUAGGACUUAGAAUAUCCAUUCCUCCUCUCUUCCUUUUCGGUUUGUGUAGUCACAAUUUGGAAUGUUGUGAAAUGCUUUUUUGGUGAAAGUACAGUAGAACAGCUACCUAAAAGUUUUUGUGAUCAAGACAAGGAGGUACAAAAGUUUCAUUAAUGAAUGCAAUUCCUUUUCAGGAGCA